UGUGCUUUGAAUAAGAUUUUUUUUUUAAACUAAGUAUUCACUGACCUAGUCCUCAAAGCAGUGAUCAAUACAGAUAUACUCAUACUCACUUGAGUCAGAAUAAUAUUUAUAUAUAUUUAUUUUUCCUGACUGGUCGAACGGAUUUGACACUAUGUGCGCGAAUUGGUAACCUCCGUGUGAGCUCGCAGUGAACCGAGGGUCGUGUUUGGCUGCUCUUUAUCUUCAAAUGUAAGGCUCUGUGAAACCUUGGCUCUGACAACACCGUAUGGAGACAACUGUUUGAAUUAAAGCAGCAGGAACACGCGUGAACGGCUGUCAUGGAUUUAAGGGAUUUUUUCUUGUUGGCAACAUUAGUUGCUUGUUUCUGGUUAGAUCCCACCAUAGCCCAAGAGCUCAUUUACCCUAUCCGAGAAGAGCUACAGGAGAAUGUUCUUAUUGGAAACAUACCAAAGGACUUAAACAUCUCCCAUAUGAGCUCUGCAACCACAGUUACCGGUAAUCUGGUUUACCGACUUGUGUCAAAAGCAGGUGACACCCCGCUUCUUAGAGUGAUGAGCAAUACAGGAGAAAUCUUUACCACCUCCAACCGUAUCGACAGAGAGAAACUCUGUCCCGGCCCCUCUUUUGAAGACAGCGAGUGUUCCUUUGAAAUUGAGGUGGUCAUUUUGCCCAAUGACUAUUUCAGAUUAAUCAAAAUUAAAAUCAUUGUCAAAGACACCAAUGACAAUGCCCCCAUGUUCCCCUCACCUGUGAUCAACAUUUCAAUUCCGGAAAACACACUCAUCAACAGCCGCUAUGCUAUUCCCUCUGCCACUGAUCCAGAUACCGGACCCAACAGCGUACACAAAUACGAGCUGUUGAACGGGCAGAGCACUUUCGGUUUGGAUAUUGUGGAGACACCAGAGGGUGAGAAAUGGCCUCAGCUUAUUGUUCAGCAGAAUUUAGAUAGAGAACUGAAAGAUACUUAUGUGAUGAAAGUCAAAGUGGAGGAUGGGGGGAACCCACAGAAAUCCAGCACUGCCAUUCUACAGGUGACUGUCACUGAUGUUAACGAUAACCGGCCUGUCUUCAAAGAAAGCCAAAUUGAGGUCCACAUCCCAGAAAAUUCUCCCAUCGGCACAUCUGUAGUUCAUCUAAUAGCCACUGAUGCAGACGUUGGAGCCAAUGCAGAAGUCAAGUACAUGUUUGGGGCCCAGGUGUCUCCAGCUACAAGGAGACUUUUUGCUCUGAACUCCACCACUGGACUCAUAACAGUUCAAAGGCCGCUUGAUCGAGAGGAGACUGCCAUUCAUAAACUUACAGUACAAGCCAGCGAUGGAAGCUCGAGUCCAGCAAAAGCCACCAUCACUAUCAAUGUGACUGAUGUGAAUGACAAUGCUCCAAACAUUGACCUGAGAUACAUCAUCAGUCCAACUAAUGGUACUGUAAUGCUUUCUGAAAAAGAUCCAAUUAACACCAAGAUUGCCCUCAUUACUGUAUCUGACAAAGACACAGACGUCAACGGCAAGGUGAUUUGCUUCAUUGAAAAAGAUGUUCCAUUUCACCUCAAAGCAGUUUAUGAUAACCAGUAUUUGCUAGAAACAUCUGCACUGCUUGAUUAUGAAGGAACCAAGGAGUACAUCUUCAAGAUUGUUGCUUCUGACUCUGGAAAACCUAGUCUGAACCAGACCGCACUGGUCAGAGUACGGCUGGAGGAUGAGAAUGACAAUCCACCCGUUUUCACCCAGCCUGUCAUUGAGCUGGCUGUCAUGGAGAACAACCAACGUGACAUGUUCCUGACAACCAUCAGCGCCACAGAUGAGGACAGUGGACGGAAUGCAGAGAUUGUCUACCAGCUUGGACCCAACGCAUCAUUUUUUGAUCUUGAUCGUAAAACGGGAGUGCUAACCGCAUCCAGGGUGUUUGAUAGGGAGGAACAAGAGCGGUUCCUCUUUACGGUCACCGCUAGGGACAAUGGCACCAGGGCUCUGCAGAGUCAAGCUGCAGUCAUAGUGACCAUACUGGACGAGAAUGACAACAGCCCUAAAUUCACACACAACCACUUUCAGUUCUUUGUGUCAGAGAAUCUGCCUAAAUAUAGUACAGUUGGAGUAAUCACAGUCACAGAUGCAGAUGCUGGUGAGAAUGCCAUGGCGAGACUCUCAAUCCUUAAUGAUAACGAGAACUUUAUCCUUGACCAAGAUUCUGGUGUCAUAAAAUCCAAUGUAUCCUUUGACAGAGAGCAGCAAAGUUCCUACACCUUUGACGUCAGAGCUGUGGACAGUGGAAGUCCUCCAUGCUCGUCAGCUUCCAAGGUGACCAUCAAUGUCAUUGAUGUCAACGAUAACCCCCCCAUCGUCAUUUACCCACCAUCAAACACCUCUUUCAAACUAGUGCCACUGUCUGCGAUUCCGGGAUCGGUUGUGGCCGAGGUGUUUGCAGUAGAUGGAGAUACGGGUAUGAAUGCAGAACUCAAGUACACUAUUGUGAGUGGUAAUGGAAGAAGUCUUUUCAGAAUUGACCCCGUAACGGGAAACAUCACAUUAGAGGAGAAACCCAUGGUGGCAGACAUAGGCCUCCACAGGCUGGUGGUCAACAUCAGUGACCUCGGCUAUCCAAAGUCCCUGCACACUCUUGUCCUAGUUUUCCUGUAUGUAAAUGACACGGUUGGAAAUUCCUCAUACAUACAUGAUCUCAUCCGUCGGACAAUGGAAACGCCACUGGAUAGGAACAUUGGCGAGACUAGUGAGACUUAUCAGAAUGUUGACAACCUAAAAACCAUCAUUGCCAUCGUGACUGGUACUAUGGUAGUGAUUGUUGUCAUCUUCAUAACAGUUCUAGUGCGCUGCCGAAAUGCCUCACAGUUCAAGGCGGCCCAGAGAAAGAAGCAGGGUGCUGAGUGGAUGUCCCCCAACCAGGAGAACAAGCAAAACAAGAAGAAGAAGCGCAAAAAGAGGAAGUCGCCAAAGAGCUCCCUCUUGAACUUCGUCACCAUCGAGGAGAAUAAACCUGACGACUCUGCCCACGAACCCAUAAAUGGAACCAUAAGUCUCCCGGCUGAGCUCGAGGAGCCCGGGAUUGGACGUUUUGAUUGGAAUGCCACCCCUACCACCACCUUCAAACCCAGCAGCCCAGACUUGGCCCGGCACUACAAGUCCGCUUCACCCCAGUCGGCCUUCCACCUCAAAGCUGACACUCCGGUGUCUGUGAAAAAGCAUCAUGUGAUACAGGAGCUGCCACUGGACAAUACCUUUGUUGGGGGCUGUGACACGCUUUCCAAACGGUCCUCCACCAGCUCUGAUCACUUCAGUGCCUCAGAAUGCAGUUCACAAGGAGGCUUCAAGUCAAAGGGGGCACCUUUGCACACCAGACAGGUAAAAGAACACUUUUACUGGUCUAUAAGUACUGCUUAUAACUGUCCUGCUCAGUACUGA